CAAGAAGAUUUCAUAUACGACUUUUGUCACCCGGUCCGAUAAACCAAUACAUUCCGGAUCCUUAUCGCCGACUGUGGGGGUUGCGUCAACAUGUUCACUAUUACUGUCGUAAUUCUCUCGAUUCUCUCGCUAACAACCCCAUCAUCUUCUUCCGAUCAACCACCCCGAUCCCCGGCCGAUGUCUGCAUCAUCGGUACCGGCAUCGCCGGUUCAUCCGUCGCACACUUCCUUCGUCAAUACUCCUCAAGCAUAUCCCAAAUCCGCAUGUUCGAGCGUCAUCCCAUCGUCGGAGGUCGUAUGGCAACCGUCACCAUCGGCGGAGAAACAUUCGAAGCUGGUGCCUCAAUUCUUCAUCCCAAAAACUACCACGCUUUGAACUUCACCCAUUUGUUGAAUCUCAAAGUCAAGGGGCCUUCCGCUAGUGAUAGUUCUUUCUCGCUCGGCAUUUGGGAUGGUCAAAAGUUCUUAUUCAAAACUAUUGAUUCCAAAUCAAAGAGUUCGGUGGUUCAGUACUUCGUCUCCCUCGCUAAUUCGUUGCGAAUGUUCGUCCGAUAUGGUGUUUCCCUCCUUAAGAUGACCAAUUUUGUUGAGGUUACAGUGGAUAAUUUCUUGAAGUAUUAUGAAAGCAAGGAGUCAAGACCAAUUUUCAACACUGUGGAAGAUAUGCUCAAGUGGGCAGACUUAUACAAUCUAACAACACAAACAUUAGAAGAAAAAUUAGUUGCUCUCAAUUAUUCUCCUCUCCUCAUACAAGAGCUUAUCACUGUUAUAACAAGAAUCAACUAUGGUCAAAGUGUCAGAAUCAGUGGACUUGCAGGUGCUGUUUCUCUAGCUGGAUCAGGAGGAAACUUAUGGGCAGUUGAAGGUGGAAACUGGCAGAUGGCUGCUGGAUUAGUCAACAGAUCUGAUGUUACUUUGCAUCUUGAAGAAGAAAUAGAAUCAGUCACAAAUCUUGAUGGUUUUUAUGAAGUUAAUUCCACUAAAGGAAACAGUUACACAUGUCAAGUUACAGUGGUUGCUACACCUUUAGAUGAGCUCAACAUUCAAUUCACCCCAAAAUUUUCUAUCCCAGAAAGAAAAUUACAGCAUACACAUGCAACUUUUGUCAGAGGCCUCUUGAAUCCUGUGUACUUUGGGUUGGAUUCAAUGUUGGAGAUUCCAGAACUUGUUGGGACUAUAGAGAGUGAUGAGCUUCCAUUUACAUGCAUCUCCAUUCUCAAGGAACAUAGUGAGAAUGAUAUGACUUACAAGAUGUUCUCUCGUCAAAGUUUGAGUGACACAUUGUUGGAUCAGAUUUUUAGCAUAAGGAGUGAGACAAUAAGAAUAAAUUGGGGUGCGUAUCCACAUUAUCAUGCUCCUGAGAAGUUUGCUCCUUUUAUGUUGGAUGAUGGACAUCUGUAUUAUGUGAAUGCAUUUGAGAAUGCAGCAAGUACUAUGGAAACUGGUGCUGUUGCUGCUGAGAAUAUAGCGAGACUUGUCCUUUCAAGGUUAUCUUCCCAACAGCCUUUGAGAAUGUAUGGUUUGAAGACUUCUAUAUUAGAUUCAAGCCCUGAGCAUCGGGAGUUGUGAUAUGUGUAAAAAUAACCAUUUGUUUGUUGUAACGUUACUGUAAUAGAUCGGGUCAAAUAAUUAGUUAAUGGGGCAAAUAAUAAGGUACAAGAACCAAGUUCACUCUCCUUAAUUUUGGGUAAUCGAUUUU